UCAUGAAGGGUUUGACAGCAGAGUCUGCAGUGCCUCGCUGCCUCAUUGGUGCUGAUGAGAGGGAGUGGAGUGCGUCACCGCAUUCUGCAGGAGCGUCGCGUGAUGCAGGUUAUGCCAGAUUUACUACACGUCCACAUAUAGACGAUAGACCUCAAUGGGCAGCUGUAGCUUCGCUAUAUCUGACAGGUUGCUCAACAGCGAUACUGAGGCGAAAAGCAGCUGCUAUGGAGCCUGAGCGCGCAUCGGUGAAGACGGUAAACACGCGCGGGUGUGACUCAAUGCGUCUUCUGUAGGGCAAACGCGACCGUGGGGUUUCUCUUCUGAAGGAUGGGCUACUCAGAUCCGACAGCUAGUAGAGAUCUGUUGGGAAACAGAUCCCUGUGUUUUAUUUUCAUAUGUGCUUUUGGACUGGUCACCUUAUUUCAGCAAAUCCUCUAUGGCAAGAACUAUAUUAAAAGUGGGCAACAGUUUUCCCGCCUCAAAGGAUUGGAGGUGGGCAACUGGAGCGGGCUCAUUAGUUUCCCCGAUGACGGAGGGAUGAAGCCGGCCAGAAAUGGGAGGAAAAGAUGUGUCCGUCAGAAUUUUCAGCGUUCUGAGGCUCAGAGCUCCGUAGUUUUCACGCCCUGCCUAGCUGAUAUUCAGAAGAAAAAAAAAGAAAAGAAAAGGUAUCUGGAACACUCCGAAGGCUCUUUAGAGUUCAACUCCACUUCCUGCAAGGAGCUACGGCAAGAAAUCACAGAUGUGAAAGUACUGACCAUGGUGAAGACAUCAGAGCUGUUCGAGCGAUGGAGGAACCUGCAGGUGUGUAAGUGGGAGCAAAACAAGGAGGAGACCGAUAACUUCAAAAUGUCUCUGUCCCGUUGCUGCAAUGCCCCCUCCUUCCUGUUUACCACUAAGAGAAACACUCCCUCGGGCACCAAACUGCGUUAUGAGGUGGAUACGAGUGGAAUCUUGCACAUCAGCCCGGAGAUCUUUAAAAUGUUCCCUGAUGACAUGCCCUAUUCCAAAUCCCAGUUUAAGAAAUGUGCUGUUAUUGGGAACGGCGGCAUCAUCAAAAACAGCAAGUGUGGACGAGAGAUCGACGCAGCUGACUUUGUCUUCCGAUGUAAUAUUCCUCCCAUCUCAGAUAUGUACAGUGAAGAUGUGGGAUCUAAGACUGAUCUUGUUACAGUAAAUCCCAGCAUUAUAACUGAGAGGUUUCAAAAGUUGGAGAAAUGGAGAAAGCCAUUUUACGACGUUCUGCAGAAUUACAAGAACUCCUCGGUGGUUUUGCCGGCGUUCUAUAACACACGGAACACCGACGUGUCGUUCCGCGUGAAGUACAUGCUGGAUGACUUCGAGUCGGCCCGCGGCGUGUUCUUCUUCCACCCGCAGUACCUGCUGAAUGUGCAGCGCUUCUGGGCCGUGCAGGGCGUCCGCGCCAAACGCCUCAGCAGCGGCCUGAUGCUGGUCACCGCCGCCAUGGAGUUAUGCGAAGAAGUACAUCUCUACGGCUUCUGGGCGUUUCCCAUGAACCCCUCUGGAAUCUUCAUAACGCACCACUACUAUGACAACGUCAAGCCCCGCCCCGGUUUUCACGCCAUGCCGUAUGAGAUCUUCAACUUCAUGCAUAUGCAUGCUCGCGGCAUCGUGCACGUGCACACGGGCCCCUGCAGGUGAAACCGCCAAGCGUCUCUGCAAUCUGAUUGGUCCGUUUUGUAGAGCUCCUCCCAUUCACUGGCGCUACGGAACUCAGACUUAUGUGCGCAAAUCACUGCCUUAAAGGCCAGGCGUUAUAUUACUAUGUGCUUUUACAAUAUCGUGUCGGGACAGUUGCAAAAUGGUACGUGUUUCCUGUUUGGUGAUUUUCCGUAAUGGUGUAGUAUUUGUGUAUCAGAGCAGAUAUCACGUUUUAAACUUUGUGAGGAGGUGCCAAACCAGGCGCGACACAAUAAAGCGCAACAAUCGGGUUCUGGAAGUAAAAAUUCAUUCAUUUUCUCCAUAGGAAAUUGAUUUUUAAUGGUAAAACUUUUAAGACAGACUUGUUGUGAGCGCUGAGGUUAUUAAUCGAUGGUAAAUGCUUUUGUUGAAGCCAUCUGUUCACAUUAAUUCAACUUAUUUCUAAAAUAAUC